AUGCGACCGGCACCUAUUAAGCGGGUCGGCGAUCUAUGGAGGAUGAACAGUUUGCAUAGCUAUGUAAAGGGCGAAGAGAAUUUGAGCAACUGGGGUCCAAGGGGAGUUUCAUUAAUAGGCGAUUACAUUACUGCGCGGAAGAAAAAGAGACGUAUUACUGAAAUCGCGGCCGCCCAGUUAUUCCUCAAAAAGAUUGGCCUACCUGAGCCAAAGAAAAAGCUUGCUGAAGAUGAGGAUAAUUCCGACGAUGAUAUUUCCCCGGAGCUUCAGACCCAUGAUGAUGAUCAGGAUUCGAUCAACGCACUCCUUAACGAUACCCCAGAGACAUCGCGACCGUCCACGCCGAAGCAGCCAGAGUCGAUCGAGGGCGACAAGGUAGACCAGCCAUCGGAGCAGCCCGAGCAAUCUUCUGAGCAACCACCUGUACAGCCCCAAGAGCCAGAGUACAACGAGCAUGAAAUCCUUAUCCUCAACAAAUGCAUAAAGCUCUGGUUGCGACAUCCGGACCCUACAGCCCGGAUCCUUGGCCCAGCAAAUACAACACCUCCCUCAGAUGGCGUCGCACCUGAGUCUGUGACACCGCCCAGGUUGAUAUCUACCGUCAUCCGAGUUCCGAAAAACCCGAAAGUCCUCAAAGGAGGCUAUCUUUUAGUCCCCAACAAUGAUUACAGCAAAUGGGUCAAGAGAUUUGUGGAGCUCCGAAGACCUUAUCUCCAUAUCCAUAACGUCAGUAACGGUGACGAAGUAGCAAUCGUCAGUCUUCGCAAUUCUAGGGUUGAUAGCCAGCCAGAGAUUCUAUCACUGUUCAAUGGCCAUGAUGACGAACCAGAUGGGUUAACUCCAACGAAUGGUAAUACUCACGAGAACUUCCAGCCAGGCCAUCAUCGGACACCGUCAGGUCGGACCGUAUCAACCGUUUGGUCUGGGAAUUCCAGGUCUUCAGGUCCUAGUCUUGGCGGCUUGAACGAACGUCUGCAGGCGGGCGUUUUUGCUGUUUAUGGGACAGACAACACGUGGCUGUUUGCGGCUCGCAACGAGCGCGAAAAGCUUGACUGGAUCUCUCGAAUUGAUCAGAGCUACUUCUCUGGUAGCACGAGCGUCAGCAUGAGCGGUAGUGGUGCGGUGAGCCCGCAACCGAGAAACUACACCAUCGGCGCCGAUUAA